AUGGCCCUUAUGAAGCUCAAGGUCGGAUCUUGGUUUAUUCUGUCCGGUACGCUCGCCCACAACAAAUGGGUAGACAUGGGUAGUUACCUCGACUACCUGAAGGGUCACCCCUUCACCGAAGAGGAGGACUUCGCUACUGUCUUCCAGGGUGAGACCUAUGCGGAGGUGAAGGACCCCACACCCGACCAGAUCGCGCUGCUGCAGCGCUUCUUGCAGGCAUUGACGAUAAUGAGAUCCGGCGCGAUCCUGACCCUGCCGCCCUGCAUCCGGUUGCAAUAUCCGGUCACUCUUGAGGACGCACACGCGCAGGAAGUAGCCAACAUGACGAUGGACUAUAUCCAGCUGUCUGGAAUGCAGGAAGACGACGAUGACGAGUGCACUUUGGGUUUGGCAAUUGAAGCGCAAGUUCACUCACUCCAUCCGCUACUCGUUCCGGACGAGAUGAAGAAGGUGUGGAGAGCCGGUGAGCGAUUCCAAAGGGCGGCGAAACGCAAAGCGAGGAAAGGCAAAGGCAAGGGCAAAGCAAAGCCUCCCACUGGGGACGACGAGUAUGACCCAAAGGGGCCUGACUGGAAUCCCGAGAACGAGGUCGACGAAGCGUACGAAGAAGCCGCGACAAAAGAAAGGGCCAACUUGCUCGAUGUAUUUGUCCACGAAGAACACGAGUCGGCGGCUGCAAUGAGGGCCAAAUGGUUAACGACGCUUUCGAGGUGGAUUCAAGAACAAGUCUUUGACUCUCCACACGUCGUGGCGUUGGUGGAGAUGCUCUACAACCUCAUCAAGAAGCGACCAGAAGACAAAAUCAUCGUCUUCUCACAGUAUCUCAGAUACCCUGACAUCAUCAACAAGGGAUUACGCGUGCGUCACAAGGUUGAAUGUCUCCGCUUCGAUGGCACCAUAUUGCCGAAGUGCCGGACAGCUAUCGAGAAGAAGUUCUUGGAAGACCCCCUGUGGCAGAUUAUGUUCAUCACCGCAGGGUGCGGUAGCGUCGGGCUCAAUCUCACAGCCGCCAACAUCGUCGUUCUGUGUGAGGAGUAG